GAAAAGUAGAUUCUUGUCUCGUGUGGCGUUGACGACUAAGCGAAGCGAGAUAUCUCGUUCAUUUACGUAUGUAAAUGAUAAAUGUUCAUAUAAUUAAAUUACCAUAGCUGUAGACAAACCAGAUGGGUAGCCCAGUUGGUUGCAUUUGUCAUUUAGACGUGUUCGUUUGAGGGUCUUAUAUCCUCGCCAUUUAGUAUAUAUUCCAAAUGUGUAAUUUAAAUUUUUAUACAACUGACGGUCUAUCUACGAACGAAAUAUCCAUUAUGUCUAAGCAUAUUAUCGAUGUAAAGCACGAGUAUUUACGAUUAACUGAUUUUCAACGCGAUUGUUAGGGUUCACCAUUGUUUCCAGUUGAUUAUCAAAAUGAAGAACGCUAGGAAAAAUCCAGAUUAUAAGAGAACGUAUAAAGAUUUUUUCAUAUUUAAUUAUACAAUAUUCGCCUCCAUAUUUGCUAUUGUACUCUUCUUCUAUGGAUUUUUUCCAAUAAACUAUAAUGAAGGUAUGAUAGCAACCAGAAAAAAUAUUCCCAGAUAUGUUGAACGUACAAGGAUUAAGCUUGAUGAAGUUUACAGACCAGUGGUCAAGAAAGUAGUAAUAAUGGUUAUUGAUGCUAUGAGGUGGGAUUUUGUUGCAGGAAUUAAUAGUAGUUAUAGAAUGCCUUUUACAACUAGUUUGUUGCAAAAUAAUGCUGGUUGCAUUUAUAAAACAAGAGUCAAGCCACCAACAGUUACCAUGCCUAGAAUUAAAGCAAUGACUACAGGAUCAGUUCCCAAUUUUAUAGAGGUAGUAUUAAACUUAGGAGCAAAUGAAAUUUUUGGUGAUAGUACUGUAAGGCAAGCGUAUCGUCAUGGGCACAAAAUAAUUUUUUAUGGCGAUGAUACAUGGUUGAAACUUUUUCCCAAUAUCUUUCAUAGAAACGAAGGGACAAACUCAUUUUACGUAAAUGAUUUUACCGAAGUAGACUAUAAUGUUACAAGAAAUGUAGCUAUAGAGUUAGAACAAAAAGACUGGUCAGUGAUGAUAUUGCAUUACUUAGGACUUGACCAUAUUGGUCAUAUAGCUGGACCUUUUAGUCCUUUAAUAAAACCAAAGCUUGAGGAAAUGGAUGAGAUAAUUGGUAGCAUUGAGUCUUAUGUAUCAGCAUGGAAUAGAAACCAUGAGCCAACACUAUUUUUAGUAUGUGGUGAUCAUGGUAUGAAAGAUUCUGGAGGCCAUGGUGGAGCUACCUCAGAGGAGACCCUUGUGCCUUUGUUAGCAUUUGGUAGACCUUGUACAAACAAGAACGAGGACAUAGCUCAAAUCGAUAUUGCAUCUACACUUUCAGUACUUCUUGGAACUCCAAUACCUUCUUCUAAUCUUGGAUCUGUAAUCUUAGAAUUAAUGAGUGAACUCACGUGGUCACAAAAGCUCUUUGCUCUAUACUAUAAUGCUGAACAACUAUUUCUUCAAUACCAAAAAAUUCCUUCUUACUCAACUACUGAUGCUUUUACAAACUAUCAAAAUGCCAUAAAACUCCAUUCAGCUUGGCUGAAUGCUAACAGUCAUCCAAACGAAAUGGUGCCUGACAUUAUUCUAAUGUACCAAUCUGCCAUAGUAGAGAUGAAAAAUACGUUAACAAGUAGUUUAUUAGAAUAUAAUGUUCAAGCGAUGACUCUUGCCACAGUUUUAUUAGGACAUAUACUAUACAUAUUCCUGUCAGUGGACAGACAGUUUACGACUCGUAGAAAUUAUAUUACCGUGAUUAUUUCUACUUACAUCAGUUGGGCGUUUUUAAAUCAAAUACUCGAUCCCGAAAGCCAAAGUGCAUUAUUUUUACAAGAACUAGAUUCAAAUUCUAUACUUUUAGCAGCUGCGGCAAUAGUAACGUUAUUCGUAAAUUGUUAUUUAUGUGCUACUCGCACAAUACCUAUUUAUCAAUUCAAAACUUUGACGAGUUUAGAGAUUUUAUUAGCCAUUGGAACUCUCCUUCAUACUAUAUCUCUAUGUGGUACUAGUUUUGUAGAAGAAGAACACCAGACUUGGUAUUUUUAUUGGAUAACGUUGCUCACGUUUUUCACUCAUAAGACUUUCAGAGAAGAAUCUAAACAAUCUAAAGAGAAUCCCUCAGAGUUCUACACAUAUCUAAUAAUUGUGAUGAUCGUUCAUAGAGUACUUAGAAAACUUAAUAGUACAGGCGACAAAUACGCACAUCUUCCUGAUCUUUCAGGAUGGCUUCAGAAUCAAGAAUCUAAUAUACCUAUGACAGUUGUUUUAGUCUCAGGUCUUUCCUUGCUAAUAUUGAUAGAUUAUCUUCACGAGCAACCCCAGCACAAAAAGUAUGUACUGGUUUUAGAUGGAUUUAUUGCGACGUUAACGUACAUAAGACAUGCAGUUACCGAUACAGUAUUUAAACCUAGUUUUUAUUUUGACUCAAGAGGAACAGUAGAAAUGUAUUAUUUUUGGGCCUUCAUGGGAACUUACUUGGUACAUAAUACCUACAGAUUAGCAAUCACAAUGAGACAUAAUAGACAUAAAAUUAUAUCACAUUCCUUAUUCUUCAUCUUGAAAAAAUGGGUGAUCAUUUCUUGUGUCUUACACCGUCCAUAUAAUGUGAUUUUACUGCCACUGCAAUUGAUUGUUGGAGUAGUGAUUCAUAAUUUGACGAAAAAUCAGAAUAAUUCUGGAGUAAAAGUAUAUCUUUAUCUCUGGUCCAGUAAUGCAUUUUACUUUUACCAGGGAAAUUCAAAUAGUUUAGCUACUAUUGAUGUUGCUGCUGGCUACGUCGGACUUGAAUCAUAUCUGCCAGUUAUAACAGGCAUCUUCUUAUCUAUUAAUACCUAUUCAGCACCAAUAUUAGGAUUAUUAUUAUACUUAUACGAUUAUUCUCUACAGUAUCCUCUUCUGUCGUCUAAAUCAAUGUUAUCACUGUGUACACAAUAUACGUUUUGGAGAUUAGUUCCAAUAACUUUUUAUACAAUUGUUACAAGUUUACAACGUUACCACUUAUUUGUUUGGACAGUAUUCUCACCAAAAUUGUUAUAUGAGGCUAUGUAUUGUAUAGUACUCUUUUCUGUGAUGUUUUUAUUGCAAUUUAAUUUUAUAUUUUAUGAAUGGAGGAGUACACAAACGAAAAUUUUGUAGAUGAAAAAAAUGUUAGAAUUAAAUUACGUGAAACUUAGACGUUUAGUUUCUUUGCAGAUUCAGGGGCUCUUCAAUCAUUGUCUGGCAUUUGAGCUUGGAUCAAUCUAACAUUGGUAGGACUGUAUUAAAUUAUCAGACUGUAUUAAUUAUGCUAUACAAGGUAUUGCACAGUUUGAUUCAAGUUAAUGAGAUCUCAGAUUCAGUUAAUGGAAUGGCAUUCAAGCUACAGAUUUCGAACCAUCUGAACUUUAAGCAGCGUUUGCUCAAUCUUUCUAAAGUUUAAUAUACAGUAUUGUAAUAUGAUUUACUACUCAAAAUUAAAAUGUUAACAAUAAAAAUAAAAAUCAUGAGACUCCAAACAUAUUGUGAAAAUAAGCUUGUUUCACAUAUUUAUUCAAUUUCUCAACUUAAAAUAUGAAUAGCUUUAAAUCAUAUUGUUCUGUAAAUUAAUUUAUGCAAGUUUUUCAA